CAUUUUUUGUUUCAGUUUUCAGUUUCGGUUUUGGUUUUGGUUUGCUUCUUCUUCCUUGUUCUAUCUAUGUACUAUGUACUAUGUAUGAGAGAGCACACACCCAGACCCGCCAUGAAUCUCAAUGAAUGAAUGAACGAACGAACGAACGAGUUCAUCAUCAGCAACAGCAUCAGCAUCAUCAUCUUCUUCUUCUUCAUCAUCAUCUUCUUCUUCAUCUAACUAAUACACACAGAACAGAGUUUUGCAAAUGAUGAGAUAUCAGAGAGUAAGCCCAGAUUGUCUUCCCUUGACCAAUGGCACCACUCCCACCAAGAAGCCCAACCUCACCACCACCACCGCCAGAGCCUUAUGCAGAGAAGAUGAUACCACCACCACCACCACCAUCACUGCUUCCGCUUUCAGAUUCAGAUCCCCUUCUUCUACGCAAGACCCAUCUUUUCCACAAUCAGAACCCCAUGACAACCACCGACCCGAGAGCAGUUCCAGCCCCAGCCCCAGCCUCAGCCUCAGCCCAAGUCCCAGCCCCAGCCGUGGCACGGCCACUGGCACUGGCACCGGAGAUAUGCUCUUGCAAUGGGGUCACAAGAAGAGGUCAAGGGUAUCCAGGACCGAGAUCCGCAACCUCACCACCGACGAGUCUUCCUCUUCAGCGGCUGCUGCUGCUUCUGUUCAAGUCAGGCAAAGGAGACUACUCCACCACUCUGGAUCCGCAGACAAGUUGUCAAAUUCCAGUAUGCCGCCGCCGCCUCCUCCUCCACCGCCACUCCCUUCUUCCUCAUCUAACGGCAGCAGAGCCAGAAAAGAAGCUCUUCUUUCUCACAGGAACUUAGAAGAUCGAACUGCAACAAACGGGUCACCCUCAAGAAUCUGUGGUGGCAGCAACCGUGGCAGCGGUGGUGGUGGUUCUAGAUCUACGGCUGGGAAAUCUGACAGGAAUGAAAGGAAAGUGUCUUGUUCGGCAAGGUUGGGCAAUGACAAGCCAAAUGGGUCCUCUGAUCGACUCAAUUCCAAUCAUGUGGAGUCAACAACAACAGAAUAUCAUGCCACUGCUACUACCAGUGCUGCUGCUGUUGCAGUAGUUGAAAAGGUGAAUGUUGAAGCUUUGGAGUGGCCCAGAAUAUUUCUUUCACUAUCAAGAAAGGAGAAAGAAGAUGAUUUUCUUGCCAUGAAAGGCACAAAGCUUCCUCAGAGGCCCAAGAAGAGGCCUAAGAAUAUCGACAGAGCUCUCCAGUAUUGUUUCCCAGGGAUGUGGCUAUCUGAUUUGACAAGGAAUCGGUAUGAGGUUAGGGAGAAGAAAUGUGUGAAGAAGCAAAAGCAGAGAAGGGGGCUCAAAGGAAUGGAAAGUGUGGACAGUGAUUCCGAGUAGACAUAGAUUAGAUCAUUAGAUUAGAUUCUUGUUUAGCACAUAUUUUCUUUCUUUCUUUCUUUAUUAUUAAUUAGUGAAAGUAGGAGAGAAGAAGAAGAAGAAGAUAAUGAGAGUGAGGAGGAGGAAGAGCUCUAUAUCAGAGGAAGCCCACCAUGUUCCCAAUUGCCAUUUAUCAUUUUGAAACAAGGCAGCCAUAGAUGCCCACCUCAAGAUUCAAGCCUCUCUCUCUCUUAAUGUCAACCACCACCACCAUCAUCAUCAUCAUCAUCAUCAUCAUCAUCAUCAUCACCAUGAGCAUGAUUUGGUUGGGGGACAUUUUAUUCAAUUUUCUUUGUGAAAAAGCUCUGCUUGUCAUUCUCAUCAUGCUGUUUUGUCCCCAUCAAUCAAAUAUCAUACCAUACCAAAAGAAAGGCCUUUUUGGUUUUCUUGCUUCA